UACCUAUGGAAUAAAGGGGAUCGGAAAGUAAGCAAAAAACUUCUUCAUUUAGCACAAGGACCCUCUAAGAGGGUAAGCUAUUAUAGUGCAUAUGUCGUUAAUGGAUUUAGGUUCCACACUACAGAAUACGCCUCACGGUGCACCACCCAAAAUAAUGGAGUUGUUGUCAAAGGGGAUAUCCAUAGUGGUGAGAGAGAUUAUUUUGGCUUAUUGAAGGAGAUUAUUGAACUAGAAUACUUACACGAUAGUAAGGUGGUACUCUUUCGAUGUGAUUGGUAUAAUGUAUAUGAUGAUCUUAAAGGUAUAAAGGAAAAAAAUGGGCUUAUUUCUGUAAAUGUUACUCAAUUUUUACAAACUGACGAGCCAUAUGUCUUAGCAAGCCAGGUGGGACAAGUUUAUUAUAUGAUGAAUCAAGUAUACCCACAUUGGCGGUUUGUAGUGAAAACUUUGCCUCGCAACCUUUAUAAUAUGUCUUUGGAAAGUGAAAAAGAUGCUGACGUAGAGGCAGAGUGGAGCCAUAUGGAAUAUUCAUUGGGUGAGAAUUCAAAUUGUUAUGUAGUUGAGGCAGAGGAUGUUAAAUAUCCUGUUGUAAGAACUGAUAUAGAGCCAGAAGUUAUCGAUCAUAUUCAUAUUACAGAACUAAAAGAAAAAGUAAGACAAUAUAAAAAAAAGAUAAGGAAGUGGAGGAUGUGGUGGAGGAAGAGGGGGAAGAGGAAAACGAAGAAGACGAAGAAGAAAAAAGAGAUGACGAGUAUGAAGAAAAAGAACAAGAAGAUGAUAAUAAUUCAAAUGGCUGUUGAAAUGAACUCCUCAAGUGGACUAGAUGGUGCUUCGAGAUCAGAUAAGGAAAAUCAAUUUGAAAAAGCUAAAAGAGGAAAGACUCGAGGUGCAAAAUGGAAGAAAAAAAGGGACUUGGAGAAAACAAGAGUGCAUAUAGAUAUACCUCCAUGCUUGCAGCGAGUUGUAGGACCAAAUGCACAACAAUUCAUUACCGAGACAAGCUAUCACUACUAAAAAACAGCUAUUUUGUGACGGAAAUUUGUGACGGACAAAUCCCUCACAAAUUUGUGACGGAUUUGUGACAGACUAGUGUAGGAUUUAUAUUUUUGUGACGGAAUUAUUGACGGAUAAAACUUUUGGUUGCAAAUUUUUUCGGAAAGAAAA